AGGCGAAGGAGCAGCCACACAGCAGAUGGCGCCACAGCCUCUCCCCCCCCCCCCAAUAAAGACUACAACUCCCAGCAGGCAGCGCGGCCCCGCCUUCCCCACGGGGCACUACCGGGAAGCGCGGCCCUGAGGUGACGGCGGAGCCUUGGGAGCGCCGGCAUGGUGUCGGGCAAGCAGCUGGCUGAUUUCGGCUACAAGGCGUUCUCCGGCUCCAUGAUGCUGCUGACGGUGUACGGCGGGUACCUGUGCGGCGUCCGCGCCUACCGCCUGCUGCAGCGCCGCCGGGAAAGGGAGGCGGCGGCGGCGGCGAGGCCCGAGAGCUGAGGGGGGGCUUGGACCGUGGAUUUUCCCUCCCCCCCCCCACUAAGAUUCCCACAUAAAAAGCGCAAUAAAAGCCCCCGGAGAAGCCCCCGA